AUGAUCGAGGGGAAAGAAGAUGUCAUCCCCCAGCUGCAGUCUCGCCCAUCUGUACGGAAGAAUACUUAUAAAGGGGGGAAUGUCUAUGACAACAAUGAUUCCGAGAACACAAAUACCAAGGUAGCUAACACGGAAAACAAAGUCAAAAACCUUAACCUAAAAAAAGAUGGGGACGCUGCAUCCCAUGUAGUCGAUACUGAGAAGGUACCGGUGCUAGAUGUGACCAACAAGGACAAGAACAUCAACUCCAAGCCUAAAGGAAAUGAGGAGGUCGCGGUUGUCAAGAAAUUUGAGAAGAACGUUGAAAAGAAUGUCAAUGUCGACGCCGGGGAGCCCGCCGCAGGCCCCAGAGGUGUUCCCCCAGUUGCUAUUGGUUCACAACGGCAGGGAACGACUUUCCUUCCAGGCGGUGUCAUGCCUGUUGGAAUGACCGACAUCGUCUUCCCGGAUAUUAUCAUUACAAACACGAAUGAUAUAAACAACGCGAACGAGAAUCAGAAUCAGUUAGCAUCCUCUAACGAGAAUCAGAACCAAAAUCCGAACGACCUUGUGAACGAGAAUGCUGCCAUUGCGGAGCAAAAUUUUGCGGAGAACAACUUCUUGUUCAGUGAAGAGAAGAACUUCUUCUAUCUCAAUGCCCCGGCGGAUGUUGUAGACGAUCUUCCACCAGCUGAGGUGGUCGUUGGGGCGCCUUCGCCAGUCACUCAAGUUGUCCAGGUUACCGAAGUCGUGCAAGUCGAAUCGAUACAUAAACCCUGUAUUACCUGCCCUCCAACAACCGAAUUUGUCCCCAUUACCCACGUCAUCCCUGUGGAGACAGUCGUCGAGCAGGUUCAACUCCCAGGCCAGACCAUAACUAAGCAGAUUCAGCUCCCUGGUGAGACGUAUGUGGAGCAAGUUCAGCUUCCCAGAGAGACCAUCAUUGAGAAAAUUCAGCUCCCAGGACAAACUUAUAUCGAACAGCUACCUGGGGAAACGGUCAUCGAGCAAAUCCAACUUCCUUGUGUGACAUUCUACGAACAACUCCCCUGUGAGACAGUAACCGAGAAAAUUGUGUCUCCGGGUGAGACUUUUAUCGAACAGAUUGUCCUCCCUUGUGAGACAGUCACCUGCGAGCAGGAGGUCACUGUGCAAGUCACUAAAACAAUCCCUCCUACCACUGUUAUCAAGCAGGAGAGCGUGAUUGUUGAGAACAAAGUCAUCACCACCGAGGCCCCCAAAACUGUCCUGGAGAGUGUUUACAUAUCCAAGGUAAUCAAGGUUCCUGUGACUGUCACGAAGGAAAAAAGUAUCUACAUCCCCGAAGAGGUCAGGAUCCCAGUGACGGUGACGAAAAAGAAUAAUGUUUACAUCUCGGAAGAGGUCAAGAUUCCCGUUACUGUCGUGGAAGAGGAAAUUGUAGAAGUCUACAUCACUAAAGAAGUGCCCGUCCCUACAGUGAUAUCUGUUCCCGGAAUCGCCACCCCAGUGGCCACGACCGUAACCAAAGAAGUUGUACUGCCAGGUCAAGUGGUCACGGAAUUCUUCCCUUGUGUCCCCACUCCUGUUGCCAACACGAUCAAGAUUCCAGUAACAAUUAAAGAGAAGGAGGAGGUCUAUAUUACCCAGGAAGUCUUCGUUACCAAGGAACUGGUGAUCACUAGUCUCGUCUAUGUGCCCGGUGUUAAGACCCCUGUCCCUGUUACAAUAACCAAGGUUGUCAAAGCUACUCCCCGACCUUCCCUUGAAAUUCCCAAGGCCCCAACACCCGCUCCAGCUCCCGAGGCUGAGAUCGAAUGUGAAGUUCCAACUCCGGAAACAUGGGCGCCGAUCUCUCACGCACCUACCCCGAAUGAGAAAUCAUUCUUCGGCUCCGAGGUCGGUCAAGCACCCAGCGCUCCCUUAGAACGCCCGAAGCCCGAUCAUGGCCCGGUUUCCCAGCCACUAUCGGCACCAUUCACACCCGAGGUCCCCUCUGGCGAAGCAGAAGUUGGAGGUCAAAUCCCUACGCCCCAAUGCCCAGCCACUACAGAGGCUGAGUAUCCCGAACCUGGGUCCUCCAAAGAGAUUGAAGUUGAGUUUCCCAUUCCCAAAGGGGAGGUGGAAGUUUCUCCUCCAAAGCCGUCUAGGGUUCCUGAAAGAUCCUAUCCGAUCCCCAUUCCACCGGCAGCUCCUGCUCCAGAAGCCCCUUCUUGGCCGAAGGAGACCCCAGGGGGUGCGCCAGAGACGCCUCUACCCCCCGCCUUCCAGGGUUCCGCCUCAAACAACCGCCCGGCGAUCACGGCAGUCGUAGCGGCUAUUCUUGGGGCUAUUCUUGCUUUUUAA